AUGGUCGGUGUCCCAAAGAGUACUGGGUGCUUCAUUUGCCGGAAACGGAAAAUUAACGAAACUUGGCCAAACUGCUUGAACUGCCAAAAGAACGGCAAGUCCUGCCCGGGUCCUCCAGCGCGACACACUUUCAGAGACCUCGGGCCCAGAUUGAAUGCUGGCGCCCCGAAUGCCGUCGUAGAAGACGUCACCACACCACCUGCAAACGAAAUUGUUUCGCCCGAAUUGUACAUUCGCGCCAUCAAGACACUGCAAUCAUGCCUCGAAGACCCCCAAGUGGGCAUGUCCGCCAACACGCUCUGCGCGUCAGUACUUCUCGGACUAGUCGAGGCAUUCGCUGGCCCAAGGACUGGCAACCGGUAUCUGACCCACAUUAUUACGUGCAUAUACGAGCGCAAACCGUGUUUCCUUGUUUCCCCUGGAUGGCAAGAGAUUGCUUUCGACAAGACCGGGCUUAGCUUCGACGACUGCUUGAACACCGACUUGAUGCAAUACAUGGCUGAGUUGCCGGGUAUCUUCAACGAACUGAAAGACUUGGGCGACCAACAUAAAUUCGGGCCUCUGCAAUCGACAACUUUCGACAUGGGUUCCAGCGGCGAAGUUUUCAGAGAGACGUCCCACACUCCGCCAUCCCUUGACUACUCCACUGGAUCCUACGAUGACGUCGACUUUGCAGACGACCUACAGCCCAUCGAGACCUCAUACCCGCUCCACACGAAUUCAUUUACCUGCCCACGGGUCACUGCACGGACACUCCUGCUAUGCAAGGUUCAGAACCUCAAGGAGGCACUAUGCAAUCUGGGUGAUCACUUGAAUGCGAAGCUCAACAACGGAACCACUGUCACCAAGACCCUGGCAAGAGAAAGAGAUAGUCCUCUGCGGACAUCUUACCAUUUCAAAAACUGGCGCGACAUGACUGCAUACAACUGUUUCUGGUCCGUCAUCAUUUUGACCAACAAAGUCCUCAUGCGACUGCUUCCGCCAUUCGACCCCACAAUUUACGACCUACAAUCUGAAUGUCGAUCGAUGGCUCUCGAAAUAUGUAAAACAUGGGAGGAUGCUUGGGAUAGCAGGCCAAUAGGCGCAUUUCACACGGGCUUGAGCUUCGUUGUCGCAUACGAAUUCUGCACGCCCGAGAUAAAAGAGUGGAUAGUAAGAGGCUUGAAUUCUCUUCUGGACUAUCAUCAGGUCGAUGCGUUCCGAUGGUCGGACGAAGUCAUCGCCCACAUGUCAUCCAAGCUGGCGGGUGAGGGGCCCGAUCUUACUUUCCCACAUGUCAGAGUCUCCGAAGAUGCGCGCUGAACGCGGUAUAGCAGAAGGAUCCAUCAAGGCAACCAGCGCCCUUACGACCACUCGUGCGAGAUUCCAACACCAAAGGGCGUAUGGAAGCCGUGGCGGAUCAAGCAUGUCGGUACGCAGCGGAAAUAUGUCUUACUUGCAUGCGG